CGCCAUGCUCCCCGGCCGAGGAAGGCUCGUGGACGCGUCUGCUACGCUGUGGCCGCCGCCGCCGAGACUGUGAGGAGCGCGGCCGCGCUCGGACACCGACAUGUGCUUGCAGUACGACUUCCGUGCCGUGGAGGAUACGUGUGGAUCCCGCAGAGUCGAGUGAACCCGUGCUCAAUCAAGUAUGUGCAAUGUUUAGGCCUCAGUGCGCUUCGAGGAUGUGGCUGUGCACUUCAGCCUGGAGGAGUGGGCUUUGCUGGAUCCUUCCCAGAAGAGCCUGUACAGAGACGUGAUGCAGGAGACCUGCAGGAACCUCGCUGCAGUAGGAAACAGAUGGGAAGAGACGAAUGUUGAAGACCAUUAUAAAAAUCCUGGGAGAAAUCCAAGAAGUUCCAUGUUAGAGACCCACUAUGAGAGUACAGACAAUGGUCAGAAUGAAGAAACCAUGAAGUGGAUAGCCAGUCUCCAGAGAAGCAUGAUGACAGUUUUUUCUGGACUAAUACCGUAUGAAUCCAAUGUGUACGGAAAGGAUUCCUUGUGCCAUGUGUCCUCUAAUAGGCAUGCCACAUCUCACCCUGCUUAUAAACAUGAACAUGAGGAAUGUGGAUCCAAGCAAUAUGAUUUCAGCUCUCUCACUAGCUUUCAGAAGUGCAUGGGAGCUCACACUGGUAAGGAGCCUUGUGGAUGUGAGGUAUGUUCAAAAUCUUUCUAUUUUCCAAAUUCAUUAGGUGUACAUCACGAGGCUCACAGUGGAAAAAUGCCCUGUCAAUACAGGGAGUGUGGAAAGACCUCUCUGUACACGCCUGGAGGAACCCACACAACGGGGAAGUUUUAUGAAUGUAAUAUUUGUGGUAAAAUCUUGAGUUCUUCCGCUUCCCUUCAAAGACAUGAAAUGAUUCACACUGAUAAACUCUAUAAAUGCACAUAUUGUGGUAAAUCUUUUAGAUAUCCGAAGUAUCUUCGAUUACAUGAAAGAAUUCAUACUGGAGAAAAACCCUAUGAAUGUAAACAGUGUGGUAAAGCCUUUAGAUUUCCUGGUUCCUUGCCGUUACAUAAAAAAAUUCAUACUGGAGAAAAACCUUAUGAAUGUAAACAAUGUGGUAAAGCCUUUAGAUUUCCUGGUUCCUUACCAUUGCAUGAAAAAAUUCAUACUGGGGAAAAGCCUUAUGAAUGUAAGCAAUGUGGUAAAGCUUUUAGGCGUCACUAUCAUCUUCAGUUACAUGAAAAAAUUCAUACUGGGGAAAAACCCUAUGAAUGUAAACAGUGUGGGAAAGCCUUCCGACGGCACAGUCAUCUUCAGAGACAUGAACGGACUCAUGCUGGAAAGAAACCCCGUGAAUGUAAAUAACAUGCUAAACCCUGUGCACUUCACAGCUAUCUUCUGUUACAUGAAAGAAUUCACACUGGAGGAAAAAAUGCAGUCAGCGUAAACAGCGUUGGAAAAGCUUGCACUUACGUGAACUCGGUCAUAUUAGAUGCGAACCCUAUGAAGUAGACACUGUGGUGAAGCCUUUACAUGUGAUUACCAGCUUCAGUUUCAUAAAUAAAUUUAUGCCCGAGAAAGCUA